GCUAUAUCCGAGUAUCCGACACGGGUAAGGGGUCCCGUGUCUCUCUGACAGGUGGGUCCAGCGUACUCUCUUCCGGCCUCCCGGGAGUUUGGCGACCCGUCUCGGGCUCUUGUGUGAGCUAGGGUUUAGGCACUAAGCGGCGGCGAGGAUGGCGGAGGCGGUCGUGAGGUGCCUCCGGGACGGACGGCUCGACGGAGAGCACGCGCCGGCGCUGGCUGUGGAGGGAUCGCUCCAGUGCUGCUCGCUCGCGGCGGGCGCGAUGCUCCACAUCGCGGCCGCAUUCGCCUCCCAGGUCGCCGCAGGGAAGGCGCAGGCCAGGGGGCUGGUUGUUGUGGCAUUUGAUCGGAGCCCGCAGGUGUACCUGGAAUUCAUGCAGCGUCGCGGCCUUGACGCAAAUGCUUUGAACCGAUGUGUUCGAAUAUUGGAUUGCUAUUCUGACCCCCUUGGAUGGAAGCAGAAGAUUCAAAACCAGCAGCAUCAAGGGAACAGUGCAAAGCUCUCAACAAACAAAGAGAACAUUACUGUUUAUAGAAGUGUGAAGGAUGUUACAAAAUUGCUGUCCUUCACUACUGAACUUGGAGGAGAUUUUGAAGGAGAAGGCAAAAAGUAUUUUUCUGUGGCUGUUGACUCAAUUAGCUCCAUGUUAAGGCAUGCUUCAGUGCCAUCAAUUUCAGGCCUUCUUAGUAAUCUUCGAAGCCAUGAACAAGUAUCAUCAAUAUUUUGGAUGAUACGUUCAGACCUUCAUGAGCCCAAGGUGCCCCGAGCAUUUGAAUGUCUUUCUACUAUGGUUGCUUGUGUGGAGCCAGCACUUGUGGAUCCUGUUUGUGGAGAGAGUCCUGGAAACAUGUCUAUCCUUGAGCAAAAUUAUUCAAAAGUAAAAUUUAUUGUGCGCCUUAAAAGACGAAAUGGACGGGUGAAGCACCUUUAUGAGGACCUGUAUAUUGAUGGCAAUGAUAUCAAAUUUGAUUCUGCUCCUUCUGUGAGUAUAGAAGUGAACCAAAGUCUAGUGCCUAAGGUUCAGUUCAAUCUUGAGCUGUCAGAGAAAGAGCGCAGUGACAGGGCAAAUGUUGUUCUCCCUUUUGAACAUCAAGGAAAUGGUGAACCAAUUCGUAUAUAUGAUGGUCGCCGGUCCCUACCUGAGGCUCAGCGUGACCCCAAUUUAACCGCACCGGCCCUUGUGGAUGAAAUGAAAGCUCCCAAAUCUGGAACUGCAAAGGGUGAAAUACAUUACUUCCGUGAUUCAGAUGACGAGCAACCUGACUCAGAUGAAGAUCCAGAUGAUGAUUUGGACAUAUAAGAGUGUAGGUGCUCUUUACUUUAGUAGGUGGCAUGCGCAUGCAGAUGAACUUUAAGGUAUAGGUUUGGACAUACAAGUCUGAGCGUUGAGAAUUGCUAUCUUUUGUAGGUUUGUCUUUUGUUUAGCACUUCCACGCUUUACCUUGUCAAUCUUAGUUGCACAAACCUUGCAGCGCUAAAAUUAAUGAAUUGUAUUACUUAUUUUAGAGUAUGUUUGCACAAAUCAACCUUGCUAAAGUUUUGAUAAAACCCAAAGAAUUUGGCGUUUA